AUGUCGCGUUUUACCAUCAUCGUAGCAGCCACCAAAUCUCAUGGUAUCGGCCUCAAUGGACGCCUCCCAUGGAGGCUGCCCAAAGAACUCAAAUAUUUCUCUGAUGCUACCACGGCUGCACCGGAAGGACAGCAAAACCUAGUCAUCAUGGGACGCAAGUGCUGGGAGAGCAUACCCAAAAAACACAGGCCGCUCCCCAAGCGCCUAAACGUCGUCGUCAGCAGAAAUCAGAGUUACGAUCUGGGUGCUUCACCAGACACGGCCGUGCUCAAGGAUAGUCUCAAGUCCGCAAGCGCGUUGAUGGAUCCAUCGCACUUGCACCGGGGAUUCAUCAUAGGAGGGUCUACGUUAUACGAAGAGUCGCUUGGGCUCCCACUCUCGCCAACCGAGCCAUGCGUGGACCGCGUCCUGCUCACUCGCAUCCUGUCGCCCGCAUUCGACGACUGCGAUGUGUUCAUGACAGACUUUGUCAAGGACGACCCGAGAUGGACGCGGGCGGCGCAUGCAGAGUUGAAAGAGUGGGUAGGAUUCGAGGUGCCGGAAGGGGUGCAGGAGGAAAAUGGGGUCACAUACGAAUUCCAAAUGUGGGUCCGAAAGUGA